AUGAGCGGGUUUGGAAUAACGCUGCUGAUUCGUAGAGCAAUUGCUGCUGCUAAAUCUUCUCACCAUUACGCUAUUUUUGUUGAUCACUUUUCGUUAUUCUGUUCAAAUUUUCACAAAGAUCGAUCCUUUUCACCUAAACCCAGAAUAGAUUUGAGUUGUAUAAAUGAAUUAGAUGAUGCUGUUUUCUUGUUUCGUCAAAUGGUUAGAAUGCAGCCACAGCCUUCCGUUUUUGAAUUCACCAAACUACUGCAAGUUAUUUUCAAGAUGAAACAAUACUCUGUUGCCCUUCAACUGUUCGACGAAAUGCGUCAAUGGGGUGCCCCUAUAGAUGAGUACACAAUGAACAUCUUGAUUAACUGUUGCUGCCUUUUGAAACGUGUAGACGUUGGUUUUGCUAUCUUCGGCUAUUUCUUUAAACACGGUUACGAGGCAAAUGUUACGACAUUCACCACCCUCUUAAAAGGAUUCUUUUUAGAUGGUAAUGUGGCCGAGGCAGAGAAAUUGUUCAAGAAGAUUUUGACUUUGAAACUUUGUGAGCCAAACGAUGUUACGAUUCUUACUGUGAUAGAUGGGCUCUGCAAAGCUGGACGCGUUCAUACUGCCCGUGAUUUGCUUUUGUUGUUGGAAAAUACUAUCUAUAAACCCGAUGUUAUGGCUUAUAACGCUGUAAUUAAUGGCUUAUGCAAGUGCCGAAUGCUGGAUAAUGCACUCGAGCUCAAGUCUAGAAUGAUUGAUAAGGGCAUUUCACCGACUGUUGUCACAUAUAACUCGAUGAUUCAGGGAUUGUGCGAUUUUGGUAGAUGGAAAGAGGUGAAGGAUUUAUUAAAUGAAAUGGUGAAUCACAAGAUUUCGGUAGAUGUUGUUACUUUUAGUAUAUUGGUGGACGCAUUUUGCAAGGAAGGAAGCAUUAAAGAGGCUGAAGAUGUUUUGGAAGUUAUGAAGCAACAAAAUAUUUGUCCUAAUAUUGUCACAUAUAAUGCACUGAUAGAUGGGUAUUGUUUGCAAGGGAAAAUGGAUAAAGCGGAAGAAGUAUUUGAUUCUAUAACGGGCAACGGCCUUAAGCCAUGUAUUAUGAGCUAUGGCACUUUAAUAAACGGAUAUUGCAAGAAGGGAAAAGUUGAUGAAGCUUGGCGUCUUUUUCUCGAAGCUUCUUCUAAAGGCUUAGAGCACACGACAUUUACGUAUAGCACCAUGAUACAUGGAUUAUUUAGUGAAGGCCGAAUUGGUGAUGGGUGGAAUUUGUUUAAGGAUAUGGAAGCUCGGCACGUACGUCCCGAUUUACGUACUUACAAUAUUUUGUUGGAAGGCUUGUGCAAGACUCGUCAGAUUUCUAAUGCGUUAUCGUUUCUAAAGACGGUGGAAGACAAAGGAGUAAGUCCUAAUAUAGUCACAUACGGUAUCCUGAUUAGUGGUUUGUGCAAAGAUGGGAAACUUGAAGAUGCAAAAAAGCUUUUAAACGAACUUCCUUCGAAAGGUUUGCAACCAGAUUGUCAAGCGUAUACCAUUGUUAUCGGUUCACUUUGUGAAGAAGGGUUCGUAGAGGAGGCAAAAGAUUUGCUUAUAAAAAUGGCGAGAAGCGGUUGUGCAGCGAAUAGCGUGACAUACAACAACAUAAUCCAAGGUUUGCUAAAGAGGAAAGAGGUUUACAAGGCAAUGCCAUUCUUAGAGGAAAUGUACAAAAGGGGAUUCUCGGCCGAUACAGUUACUUCGUCCAUGUUAAUUAAUCACCUGCAAGUAUCCAAAAAAAACGAUGUUCUUCUGGAAAUGAUGAAGAAAGUUGUGCCAAAAAUAUAACUGUAGUUUCCUUAUUUUUUUUUUUUACAUAAUUUCUACCAUUAUUUAUAUAAUUGAUUUAAAAAUAGAUAUAAAUUUUCUUAUCUUGUGAGGGGGGUUAAGUGCAAUAUUGGACCCGAAAGUUUGCGGUGCAACAUACUGUGUGGUCAAUAAAAAUGUAAUCUUAAAAUUCAAAUUGAAAUGGAGAGUAGAAUUUAAACCUCUAAUGCAAUCUUUAAUUUAGAGAGUUGAUUAGCAAGUGGAUAUUCGAGAUGUUCGAUAUAUUAUGUUAUACAAUGAA